AUGUGGUCACCUUGUGCCGUGUCAAGAUAUUAUAAAACAAAAAGACAACAAUACCUCUACAAUCUGCCUGACAGAAGAAAUAAAGCAGAGAAAUGCCAAUUUGAGAAGAAGCUAACAUCAAGAAGGAGAAGGCUCUUCAUCAAGCGCAUGAGGGUUGCCUCUAAUACAAAGAAGACUGCUCUGCAACAAAUUGUUGCAAAUUUCAUGAGUGAUGAGGAGGAUGGUGAGGGCAGUCAAGAGAGUGUGUGGGUUGUGAAGUCACCACUGUGGCAUAGUCCACAGCUAUCUUCUCUCUUAAAGAGACUUCAGGAGAAAAUUGACAACCAGCCAUCUGCCUUCUUGAGCUCACAUCCACAAAAUACAAGAGUAGAAGGAGAGCCAUCCACACGCAGCCCACCAACUUCCUCACCAGCAUGAGCACUCCUUCCUGGUGAUAGACAGAGCCCUGAGAGGUCUCCUUCUCAAAAUAGGAUUCCUCCCUCCCCACAGUCCCCACAACAUUGCAGUGGUGAUGAAAGUGAUGGGGAACCCUUGCAUAUGUUGGACACCAGCCCUGUCACAAUCCGAAGGAGGCCAAACAGACGGCUACAGUCACUGUGGGACUAAAUUAAUGCCUAAGUGUUCUUUAUUUACAUAACUUGUAUGUUUUGCCUUCUGUUUUUAAUUCAGUUCAUUUGACAGAAUGGCAAGGUGGUUUAUGGGUAUUAGGGUGAAUCUCUCUCUCUCAUCUUGAUUGAAACAUAAUCUACUAGCUAUCGCAAACAGUUCAAAAAUCUGUGGGAAGAAUCCUUAAAUAACAUAGAAUUUUGUGGCGAUCGACUCCAUUUAUUGUUGAAGUAGUAUUAGAUGUACUGAAGACCUAUGUAAAGAAUGCUAUAGUUUUGGAUAUGCCACAGUUAAUUUUAUUGGAAUGAUUUCAAACAAGCUUCUUGAAUUAUUGUGCUCUUCAAAAACCUUUUAUGUUUAAGAAUUGGCUUUAAUACUGAUGCACAGCAUGUACACUUGGACCGACCUCCCCUUAUGUGCCACUCCUCGUCUCGUGAAAUGUUAAUUUUUCUUUAUAAAAUGAGCAGCCCUAGCAAUAGAUCUUUUUAGCUGUGUGAUCACGUAGUUUGCAGUAGGUAAAUAAGGAUGUGAAAUGGCUGCUCAAGUACGCACCGCA